CGCAUGCGCGUGUGGUCGGAAGGCGCUAUGCCGGAGGGUAAGGGCGCGUUCCGGGAGGUGCUGCCCAAACAAGGGCAGCUGUCGGUGGAGGACGCUGCCGGCAUGGUGCUGUGCAAGCCGAAGGUGCUGCCCCUCAAAUCGGUGUCACUGGAGAAGUUGGAGCAGUUGCAGCAGCUGCAGCGCGCGGCCAUGGAGGCGUCGCGGCCACCCGAAGGCACUGCGGGCCCACAGCCGCAGCCUUAGGCGGGGUGCCAGGUUUGUCUGCACGGAUCAUUAAAACUCCUGAAUCUUCCAGCUCCACUGCGCUGAUCUCUGCCAAACAAAUGAGCAAAACUGAGAGGAGAGGCAGGCCUUCAUCUGCUGCAGCACAUAAGCACGCUGCCGGGGAUUCCAGCAGAGGCUCACUUCCCUCAGAUACGUAUCCACCCUGCUCUUUUUGUUCCUCCAUCUUCCCUAGUCUCUGUACCAGCCUGUCACACCCAGGUUAUAAGAUCCUGCUUUCAAACUGAGCGCCAGCACCUCUUUGUAAUAAAGCAAGUACCUUGAAGGACA